AUGUCCAUCUACUGGUCAGACUACAUAGAAUCCAGUUGUCGUCAAAAUGUAUCUUUCUUCGCUUCAUCAGAAUUCUUGAUGAUAGCCUAUCAUACCACUGCAAUCAUAACAAUCCCACUAUCCGUGUUCACUUUCUGCACAAUUAUUCGUGUGACUCCGAACAAAAUGAUAAAAAUGAAAGUACCCCUGUUGAUUGCUCUCGCUUGGAGUACGAACCUGGACUUGAUGCUCACAAUAAACAUCGCCCCAUUUAUGUUCUUCCCGAGUGCAGCUGGUGUUUCAAUGGGACUGUUAAAAUCAACAGGAAUUCCACCCAAAUGGUUGCCCUAUAUGGGUCAAGUGUCUGUGAUGAGUAAGUUCUGCUGA